CAACUUCUCCAAACCACGUGACCCUCGGCUGCCGCUCGCCUCGCGGAUGUUUUCGAUGCCGCCACCGCUCCUCCUCGCUCGUCGUCGCCUCCAGCCCUCCACCCCUCGGCCGCCGCCGCCUCCGCCCCACGCCCGCCAUGGCGGCCACCUCAAGCCGCUAGACUCUCAUGCGCGGGUCUCCGCCCGCCGCUCGGCCGUCAGCCCACGUCUAGCCGCCCCUGUCUCCCUUCCUAAUGUGGCGAAAGCAAAGAUCUGCGGCAACAGCUCGAACAUGAACUGCCUGCAGCUACGCACACAUCAGUUGAAGGUAUUUGAAGAUCAUGAGGAUCAUAUGAUUACAUGUAGGGGACUGAGCGAAGAGAGGAUUACUAAUAUACAUGCAUAUACAUGCAACGACAUUCAAAGAUGAUAUGUAUAUGCUCUAUUUAUUUGAUCAUGUAUAAAAGAUAGCAAAAUCUCAUAAAACAGUACGAGUGAAAAGCAUCUAUUAGAUCAUGGCUUGCUAUACUAUUCAAGAGGGGAAGCAAUUAAGCUUGUAGAAACCAUGAAUGAAGAAUAUCAUAUUCCUAACCUA